UCGAUCUGAGCGGCCUCUGCGACCCGUACGUCCGCAUCGAGCUCGAGGGCACGAAGAAAUCGUACGGCUCGUUCAAGGACCACGUCAAGGAGACGCUCGCGCCGUGGUUCUACAAGACGUACGAGUUCCAGACCGAGCUCCCCGGCCCGUCGCAGAUGGUUUGCAAGGUUUUAGACUACGACAAGGGCGGAAAAGACGACCUCAUCGGAAGCACGACGAUCGACUUGGAGGACCGAUGGUUCUCGGACAAGUGGAACGCGGACUUCGCGGCGCUGCCUCCGCUCGAGAUGCGGCGCUUAUCGCACCCGACCGCGACCGGGAGCCAAGGCCUCGUGGAGUUGUUUGUGGAGAUAUUCGAAGAAGACGGCGCGAUCCCGCGACUCUUCGACGUGAAGCCCCCCGAGGUGAUCGAGGUCGAGAUGCGCGUGUGCGUGUUUAAAGCGCGCGGUCUCGUGAACAAAGACUUCGGCGGCACCAACGACGCGUUCGUGAAGUGCGGGCUCGUCGGCAUCGACCACAAGCAGACGCGUUUCAGCGAGACGCGCGAGACUGACACGCACUACUUCUCCGACGAGCACAAGGCGUCGUUCAACUACAGGCUCGUCUAUCGGUUCACGCUGCCCGUGCUGAAAGCGAAGCUCAGGAUCAGCGCGUUCGACCGAGACAUGAUCAUCAGCACGGACAGCAUCGGCGAGGCGGUGAUCCCGCUCACGUCGAUCGCUCUGCUCGACGGCGCGGACAGCGGCGUUUGGGUCCCUCUGUAUCACCCUUCCAAGGGCGCGGUGAAGCAGGGCGAGGUCGAAAUCAGGAUAGACAUGCUGCCCGUCUCGCGCGCGGAGAUUCGCCCGGUUGGGAAGGGGCGGAACCAGCCGAACCGAGACCCGGAGCUGCCAGAGCCGAUUCGCAAGAAGCUCUCCCUGCUCGAUCCUCUCGGCGCGCUCGCGACCAUCUUGGGCCCCGAGUUCAUGCGGAAGUUCCUCAUCAUCACCAUCUGCAUGGCGUGCACCGGCGGCGCGGGGUACCUCGCGGUGAUGUUCGCGAACGACUUUUUCUCAGCCUACGUCACGAUGUGGGUGCAGAAGGCGUCGGGGACGUACGUGCCGCCGCCGUCGCCGCCGUCGACGACGGUGAUCUAUCAAAACGGAUCGUCGAGUCUCGGCGAUUUCGAUCUCGACCGGAGUGGCGCGAACGCGAGCGCGAGCGCGAGUCUUCUCGGGCUGGAAGAAGACGACGCCCUCCUCGGAAGAGCCGGUGGCGGCGACGCGGGCGACGCGCUCGCGCUCGCGUCGACGCCCGGGGCGCGGCUGUUCGCCGCGGGCGCGGGCGCCGCGUUCUUCGCGUUUCUCGCGGCGCGAUCGCUUCGCCGCGGCUUGGAAGAGGCGGUCCGGAAACCACUCGUAAGACACCGAAACGGACAGUCCGCGGCCGUUUCAGCAGGUUACGAAACGACGACGACGUAGCUACAGUAGUUAUUUCUCAGAAAUAUCCUUUACUAUAAACGGAGAUUUAUCCAUCA